GCUCCAGUGCUCCACCUCAAUUCAACACCAACUCCUCUCCCUUCCUCAGCCUCAUCUUCUCAUACUAGCGCUCCAUAUCAACAAGAACAAAGAGCAAGAGAAGUUCAUAACAAAAGGAUUACAAGAGAGGAGCAAGAAUUUGCUCACCAUGGCGUCCUGCGACAAGGCCUUCGAGACCUACAAGAAGGCCAUCACUACAGCAGCAUCCGUCGCGGCAUCUCUGAUGCUGGUGCGCAGCGUGGUAAACGAGCUGGUGCCAUAUGAGGUGCGCGACAUGCUGUUCUCCAGCGUCGGCUACCUACGAUCACACAUGUCGUCGCAGCACACGAUCAUCAUUGAGAAGAAGAAUGAUGGCCUCACCAACAACCACAUCUACAAUGCCGUGAAGACUUACCUUGCGACGCGCAUCAACACCAGCAUGCAGCAGCGCCUGCGCGUCAGUAGCAUGGACGAAAAUGACAAGAUGAUGGUCAGCAUGGCGGAGGGUGAAGAGAUGUCUGACGUGUAUGAUGGCACUGAAUUCAAAUGGUGCCUCAUCUGCCGUGACAACUCAAGUGACUCCAACAAUUGCUAUGGCAGCCAGCAAGAGGUCCGCUCCUUUGAGGUGAGCUUCCACAAGAAGCACAAGGAGAAAGCCCUCAAAUCAUACCUCCCGUUCAUUUUGACCACAGCUAAGGCCAUAAAAGACCAGGAUAGAACUCUAAGGAUAUACAUGACCGAGUACUCGGACGAGUGGUCCCCAAUUGACCUCCACCACCCAUCUACAUUCGACACACUUGCCAUGGACAAGAGGCUGAAACAGUCCAUCAUUGAUGACCUCAACAGCUUCAUCAAGAGAAAGGAUUACUACAAGAAGAUUGGAAAGGCAUGGAAGCGGGGGUACCUGCUGUAUGGUCCACCUGGGACCGGCAAGUCCAGCCUGAUCGCAGCCAUGGCCAAUCAUCUCAGGUUUGACAUAUAUGAUCUCGAGCUAACUGAGGUCAAGUCCAACUCAGACCUCAGGAGGCUUCUUAUUGGCAUGAGCAACCGAUGCAUUCUCGUGGUUGAAGAUAUAGACUGCACCAUCGAGCUGAAACAACGGGACAAAGCUGAGGGAGGUGACAAAUCGAAUCCUACAGAAGAAAACAAGGGAGAAGACAAGGUAACACUGUCCGGACUGCUCAAUUUUGUUGAUGGGUUGUGGUCAACAAGUGGGGAGGAAAGGAUUAUCGUCUUCACGACCAAUUACAAGGAGCGGCUCGACCCAGCUCUAUUGCGGCCUGGAAGGAUGGACAUGCACAUCCACAUGGGGUAUUGCACCCCAGAGGCUUUCCGAAUCCUUGCCAAGAAUUAUCAUUCUAUCGACUACCAUGUCACAUAUCCGGAUAUUGAGGAGCUGAUCAACGAGGUGACGGUGACACCCGCAGAGGUUUCUGAGGUCCUGAUGAGGAAUGAUGACACUGAUGUCGCACUCCAUGAUCUUAUCGAUCACCUGAAAUUAAAAAUGAAGGAUGCCAAUGUGAUCAGGACCGAACACAAGGAUGCAAAUAACCAGCUGGGUGAGAAGAAAGACGAACAGAGAUAGUGUCGAAAAAUGAAACCCCAAGCAAAUUCCCUCCAAACAAAAGAGAAUAGAAGAGAUGAAAGCAAUUAGCGAUCUGGUUGAAAGCAAGUGAUAAAUAAUAAAUGAUAUCAAUCAUAAAGAGUAUAAAAUCUUAGCACAUUGCUUAGAUGCUUGUUCUUACUAUUUAAUCACUUUUGUUGUGGCUUCUUCUUUCUUCGUUACCAUUAUCUCCCUUUUAUCAUCUUUAAAUAUUGAUGUAUUUAAUCAUAUUUAUUCUCUUACUAAUGUACAUGAUAUUUGGAAUAGUUUCAUUGAAAUACAUAAAGGCACAAAUAAUGUACGGGAUGAGAAAUAUCAUGUGCUUGUUACUAAGCUUAAUAACAUCAAAUAUUCCAAAGUAUAA